AUGGCUCUCUUCACAUCAUUCGUUACCAAUUUAGCUAAUAAUUCUGCUUCGUUACCCGUCACAACGGCACAAGUAAUCGAUAAUUUGGUGCCAUCGUCAUCAACCACUCAACCAUCAAAAGUUUUAUCAUCUUCUGCGUCUGAUCAUCGCACGUCCCAAGGUUCGUCAUUUGAUCUUUGGGACGAUGAUGAUGAAAGUUUGUCUGUUCAUCCACCCAAACGACCGUGUGUUCGAGUACAUCAAACAACAACAUCGGCACCAAAUAGAGUAAAACCGACACCACCGUACUCAACUAAGCAAUCAGCAAGAUCAAUAAAAGAAAGUUCAACAAAUUCGCGAAUUAGUUUCGGUCCAGCUCAAAGUCAAGAUAACGAUGAUGAUAUUAUUUUAACACGAUCACAUUCAAACGUCUCUACCACUACUGCUACGUCAACAACACCUAUGUCUCGAAAAAGGACCAGUAAUUCAGAAUUCUACAAAUAUCCCGUUAUUUUGCUCAGUAUUUUUCAAAUCAAAUUCUUUAUAAAAUUCUGA